AAAAAAGGAAGAAGGAAAAUUUGUUCAGCUCACGCCAUUGCCAUUCGCCGUUGAGGAUGAAAACUUUCGGAAACUUUUCGCCUUCAUUUUAACCUGCUAUUGAUACAAAGAACUGCGGCUGGCAGGAAUUACAUCUGGGCUGGAAAUAUUCGCCUCUUGUUUGUGUACAUGUGAGAGGAUUUACCUGAAACUCACACUUUCAUCGACAUUUAAAGGAAACUGAGGGGAUUUUACAUGCUAGUCAUAUUUUAAACACUUCUCAGAGACACCAAACAACCAUGUCGGGGGGUAUCGGUAUAUAUGCGGCCAAGAAACGGAAGAAGCCCGUUCAGAAAAUACCCAAACCACCACCACCUGAUGGUGUCAAAUCCAACCCCUCCAAGCGGCACAGAGACCGACUGAACAGCGAAUUGGAUAAGCUGACUAACCUUCUACCCUUCUCAGAAGACGUCCGUGCACGGCUGGACAAACUGUCAGUGCUUCGACUCAGUGUUGGAUACCUGAAAGUGAAGAGCUUCUUCAAUGCCACAAUCAAAAAGACAGGAGGAAACGGAUGGCUAAAUGACCGGUCAGUGACAUUUGGAGGAAAUGGACAGACGGCCACCAGUCUGGAUGGAAUCAGUUUCUCAGAAGGGGACCUGUUGUUGCAGGCGCUCAGUGGCUUUGUGCUGGUUGUCACCGCCGAAGGUUACGUGUUUUAUGCGUCUCCAACUAUACAGGACUACCUGGGCUUCCAUCAGUCGGAUGUGGUCCACCAGAGUGUAUUUGAGCUUAUCCAUACAGACGAUCGGGCAAUGUUCCGCAGACAACUACACUUCGCUCUCAAUCCCACCUCAUGCGAUGGAAGCGAAGGAUCCGAUGCAAUGCAGAGCAGCAGUGAAAUCACCAGAGACAUGAUAAACUACAACCCUCAACACAUCCCUCCAGAAAACUCAUCUUUCCUGGAACGAAGUUUCUGCUGCCGAUUCCGGUGCCUCCUUGACAACUCAUCAGGCUUCCUGGCCCUGAACUUCCAAGGGAGGCUGAAAUAUCUCCAUGGCCAAAACAAGUUGUCAGAAGAUGGGACCUUGGCCCACCCUCAGCUGGCUCUUUUUAUCAUAGCCACACCCCUCCAGCCACCCUCAAUCUUGGAAAUCAGGAGCAAGACUCUUCUUUUCCAAACCAAACACAAGCUGGACUUCACACCCAUGGGUAUCGACACAAGAGGGAAGGUGGUACUCGGCUACACUGAGAUUGAGCUGUGUAUGAGAGGCUCCGGUUAUCAGUUCAUUCACGCUGCUGACAUGAUGUACUGUGCUGACAACCACAUCAGAAUGAUAAAGACAGGAGAAAGUGGUUUAACCGUCUUCAGACUUCUCUCGAAAGGGGGUACAUGGAUAUGGGUGCAGGCCAAUGCUAGGCUUGUGUAUAAAGGAGGAAGACCAGACUUCAUUAUUGCUCGACAGAGAGCACUAACUAAUGAGGAGGGCGAGGAACACCUCCGUCAAAGGAAGUUGCAGCUACCCUUUAACUGUGCCACUGGUGAGGGUGUCUUGUAUGAGACUGGCCCCUCCCUUGACAUUAUCACUGACAUUCAAAAUCAGAGCAAAGGCCAGAAGAUGCACAGACCUCCAUCGCUGGACCCAGAUUCUCUUCUUGGCUCCAUGCUGAAGCAGGAUCAUUUAAUCUACAACCAGAACAAUGACCCCAAUUCCCAGUUUACGCUUGACAAGGCUUUCAUGGAUAGCCACGCCCUGCUCAAUGUCCCUGGGAACACCUGGCAGCCGUCAGCGCCAAACACAGUAGCUGAGAUAAAGGAGGAAGGUGUGGUAAAAGACAUGAUGGAAACCUUGCAGCAGAUUAUCGGGGACAGCUCUCUUUGUGACAGCCUUCAGGAUUUUGAUGUGGACAAAUUAGAGCUGAAGGAUUGGGAGAACACUCUGCUCAGGAUGCACUACAACAACGAUAUGGAUCUUAAUAAAAUCAUCACCAACGACAUCCUCUCCUAUGUCGAGGAUGCACUUUUCAAGGAAAACAGCGUUCAAUUGCCUGAACAGCUAAAGGAUCAGGGUCCAUUUGUUGAAGUGCCAGAGUGUCUUCCAGAGAUGGAGUUACAGAAUAACUUAGCUGCUAACCAGCCAUUCAACUGCCAGGCAGGGAUUCUUGUUGGAUCCCCAGGUCAGGGUGGGUUCAUCAGAGUGGAUGCCAGUAGCCCUGGAAGAGGGCUGGAGAAGCUUACCCAUAUGGGGCCACAGAUUUUACCUGGCGACACUUUCGUCCAAUCAUUCGGACUUGAUCAGACAGCCCAAAAUAUGCCAAGCAAAAAUAACAUCAUGUUUAAUCCUCCUCUUGCCAUGCAGUGUAGUCAGCAGUCGAACCAAGUCAGGCUUGGUCUGCAAAGUGCUGUGCAAGAGAAUGGAAUGGUGCCAUGUGGCCAGAGAAACCUACAGACUGGAAACCAGCCCCAUCCUAAUGCAAUGACUCUCCCUCUUCAAAGCCCUCUAUUGCAGGGCACUUCCGCCAUGCCGAUGGGCUUCCACAAUCAGAAUUCGCUUCCCCAACAACCGACAAUCAGUCAGAACCCUCAGUGGAUAUCCAACAGCAACAAUAUGGUGGAUAACCUGCUGAACUCUUGCGACCGUAACGUUUCAGGUCCACAAGAUGCAGGACUACACUCUGGCCCAACUACCCACUUACAAGGACAGUUUUCUCUUCACACUCAAAACCCUGCCAAUCCAGGAGUGCCUGCCUGGCAGCCAUCCCAGCCUACCCCUCAGCAGGUCCCUAAAUCAUUUUCCAGCGGGCCUCAGAAUACAACGGGCUUCAUUGGCCAAGUGAAAGACUUCCAAAGACCCCCGCUUGGACAACUAUUGUCGCACACAAACGCACAAGGAUUCGGGUCUGGCCUUCUUCCCCAGACAACUGCAAAUAGCAUCUAUCCCCAGGAGACCACCAACAGCUGCAUGUUCACAAGCACACCUCAACCCUCUGUGAAUGGGAUGCAGUAUGGUUCUGCAGAUCCAGUAUCUUCAAUGUCAUCCUGCCAGAGGGCUAAAGGUCCUACACAAGCAUCCUGUUACUACCAGAGAGGUCUUGGCGAGUCAAUCGUGGAUAUGUCGGUCAUCCCACAGGAGGACACCAACAUCAGCCCCAUGGCCUGUCAAGUCCAACUUGGAUUAACUCCAGAUAACAUACUUGCUCAGCAGUAUCUCUCCUGCAAUGGGCAGACACAGAUCCCAGACCGUCCACUUGAGGAGAAAGGAAUGUUCCUCUUCCCCUCCCUGACCAACGGAACCAUCUACUUUUCAGAGAACAACCAAAGCAAUUGCUGUGACUAUUAGUGGUAGAUCCCACCCAAUGCAGCGAAUGACACAUCAACAGUGCAGUACCUGUUUCUAGGAAAAAAUGCACGCAGAAAUACAGCAACUUGUUUGUCCCUCGAGAGAUGCAUCCGCUUCUGAUGACACUCUUGGCUGAAAACCUACAAGACAUUACUAAACUUUAAAAGCAAUUUUUACCACACAUUUUUUCACACUUAUCUACUUAUUCACUUACACACCUCUCUGGUGAGAAAUAAGCAGUGACAGAAAGUGCAUAUUUAUUUUUUAAAGCACGUCCUUUUGUCCCUGAUGGAUCUUGUUUUGUUACGCCAUUCCUGCAAGAAAAAAAAAAAAAGAGUGAGAUAGAGAGUGUAAUGGCAAGGAGAGGUGUGUGAGCAAGUGUUUGUUUGUGUAUAUGUGUGCGCAAGGAAGCCUAGAGUUCAUUUAUGAAGUAUACAGAAGGAACAGAGGAAUUGCGGGGAUGAGAUUCUGAGAAAUAAAUUCAAGGUGCACACAAGAUGCUAUUUAGUGGGCAAAAAGGGAAAGUCUGUCUCGUUAGAGAGUGCAAUGGCCUCAGCCAGGCCCUUUUAUUUUGCCACCUAUGCACUUAAGAAGGUGGAAUUGACCACCUUUACCCCACUUUUAAGACAUAAUUUUGUCUAGAGAAAUGAAUACUCUACUAAUGACCUCUGUGGCAUCAUUGGACUGUCAGAACAAAAUUGUCCCAGAACUUCCCUGAAGCUUGACCUUCUUUAUGGAAAACAACUAUGAGUUGUAAAGUUGCUGAAGGCAAAUUUGGGUUUUAAAAAAAACAAAAUCAAUAGUCCCAGGAAAUACAUCCCUUUUUCUGCUACACCCUUUUUUUUUUUUUCCAUUCAAGGAGUAAAAAUGAAACAGUACAGUCUGCUCUUGCCACCCUAUUAUGGUUGCCAUAACCAUAUGUUUCAUGUGUAUUACAACAAUAUCUGAAUGUUAUUGCUUAUCAUUUAUUUGUUCAUUUUUUUGUUUAAUAAUUGUCUUUUUGUACUUUUGUAUGCAUAUACUCGAAAUUAUGGAAAUGCCAUUGAGCCAUUUUUGUCCACUUUUAAUUUGCUGAUUACACUCUUGCUUUCUAUUCACUUAUAUGGAAGAAUUAUAGGAAUUCUUAUACCGUGUCGCGUGCCAUGAGAAUCACGACAGCCAGCGUAUCCUGCCUCCGGAGGAAAUGUAAAAUGUAGUGACAGAAAAAGAGAGUUUUGAGAAGACAUCACAGACUAGUUAUCAAGAAAGAUCCCAAAAUAAAAUAAAUGUUAGUCCAAAGAAGAUUUGAUUAAUUUUUAUGGCCACAGUAAAAUUUGAAUGACUUCUUUACUCGACAACAGUAUCGUUCUUGGUCAAUCAGGAAAUACAGCAGCAGCCAAAAAGUUCAGACCAAGCACAAUGUAGGGAAUGUUCUCAAGAACAUUUCUGUUAAUCGAUCGUAAAACCAUAGAAUUGAAUGCUAUUUACACAGAAAUGUGUUCCGCUAGUGUUUCAUGAAUGAGGCCCAAAGUUUGUAGGCCCCUUUGUGCCUUUUUUUUUUUUUUUUUUUUUUUUUUUUUAAUAAUUUAAAGCCAUUUGAUUCAACUGUAUCAGCAUUUUGAAUGUGUAAAUAUACCAAAACAUAUUUGUAUGAGAUUUCUCGUAGCUGCAGAAAUAUGACUGAUUGGUUUUAUUGUAUAUAAAAAAAGAUCGCUACCUACUUUCUGAAAAGGCUUUUUACCUUAAUUUUCUUGUAGAAACGUGUGUUUUAGACUGCUGUUGCUUAUGAGAGUUGUUCUUUCUCCCUGCAGUAAGAACAGAAAGUUUGGUGUGAUGGUAACAGCACAUACUGUAUGUACAACCGCAAACUCAUGCACCCGAAGCCUUUUCCUUUCAUCAUCUGAAAUGGGAACACUUGCCUUAAUUUCUUUCUCCCCAAAGGAUAUUUCAUUUAUUCCCUCCCGUUUUCGCUCUCUUUGAAUGAAAUGAUCGUGGUUUGCAGAGGAGAGAGGAACUGAAAUGGCAGCUAUAAUUGAAUCUGAGAAGCAAAGUUUUUAACAGCUGUUUGUUGUUAGCAUGGACGGAAUCGAUUAUGCUAGUGUUGCUGAGUGUUGUACAUAGCCUCACAGUUCAAAAGUUACAGGACACACAUUCUCCCCAUUUAAGUGCCUUAAAACAGCCUUCGUUUUCUGAGAUUAGUGACUUUUUCGCGCUUUUUGUGUAAGAGCGUUCUGUAUUUUAUUGCCAGAUGUCUGCUGGUUAAGAGAGGAGGUUAGUAAAUCGCUAAAUGUUUGCUUAAUUGAUGCAUGAUCAGUUGGAUGAUUGAUCCUUUUAUAAGUUUAUAAAGUUGACAGAUUGAUUACGCACAAAUAAAAGUGUUUGGCUCUGA